AUGCCAGGCAAAAAAGAUUUAAAAUCAGCAGCCAAGAAAGGAGGAAAACCGGAGCCAGAAAAGAGUAAACCAAAGGAAGAAGAAAAGAAAGGAAAAGAUGACAAAAAAGGAGCAAAAGAUGACAAGAAAGGUGGGAAAGAUGACAAAAAAGGAGGAAAGGAUGACAAAAAGAAAGGUAAAGAGGAACCACCCAAGGGUAAAGGGAAAGAUGAUGGUAAGAAGGGAAAGGAUAAAGGCAAAGGAAAGAAAGAGGUUAUUGAAUCUGAGGAGGGUUCAGAUGCUGAGUUAAUGGAUGAAGACUUGAGCGAUGAGGAUGAGGAUGAAGAGUCCGAUGGAGACCAGAGAAAGCGUGGUGGAAAAGAUGCUAAAGAGAAAAAGAAAAGAGGUCUCAAAAACACCUCAAAACUCUUCAUGAGGUUCUCUGGAUUCAAGAAGAAGAAGAGCUCAAAGAAGCGUCUUAAGAGCACUUCCAAGCUGUUCCUUGGACUUGGCAAAAGGAAGAAUCGCUUGCUUAGGAAAAAAAGGAGAAAAUCUCUCUUGAGAAAUGCUCCAAAGUUCAUGAUGCGUUUCAAAAACAGCAAGAAAAAGAAAAAGGAGAAAGAAAAGAAAGAGCAGUCAGGACCAAAGCCAACCUAUAUGCUUAUCAGAUUAGGUGGAAAUUCUAAAGAAGCAGAGAAGAAGCCAGGAUUUUUUAAAGGGCUUUUUGGAAAAAAGAAAUCAGGGGAUGGGGCUGGUUUUAAAUAUAGGGGGCAAUUAUUAGGUAAGAUUGCUGGAGCAACUAACUGGCUCACCAAAAGGUUCCUUUCCAUUAAGGGGCGUCAGAGUGGAAAGGACCGUGAUGCCUGGGGGCGGAAGAACAACAAAAAAUAUCAGUUUCCUGCUGGCAGUCGCCAGGCUAGCAUCCGAGCUCCUUCAGGGUAUCACAAUUAUGGAUAUGAGCAUGACAAUGGGGGAUAUGACUAUAAUAACCAGGGCAGGAUGGAUAGGGGUGCAUUCCACAGACAGUCAUUCCAGAGGCGCUCUAACAGGUAUAAUGAACAGUAUGCUCAUGUGCAGGGACACUCUUCAUAUCCACAGCAGUACAGUCAAUAUGAAGAACCAAAUAACUAUUAUGACAUGGAAUCACAUCAUCAAGGCUAUUAUGAGUUGCAGGAUGGAUACUAUGACCCACACACAGCCAUACAGGAUGAGGGUGAAUAUUAUGAUGAUGGUAUGGACUACAAUGACCCUUAUGGAGCUCAGGAGCAAAUGGGCAAUUACCCACAGGAAAUGGGCUACUAUAAUCAACAGUAUCCACUAGACCCUUAUUUUGAUGAUGGCAUGGAGUACUAUGAUGAUAAUCAGUAUCCAAUGGGGAAUGGCUAUGAUCUGUAUGGGAAUGAAAUGGAUCCAUAUUCCCAGACUCAGUUUGGAUAUUAUGAUGACCUUCAGGGCCUCUAUGGUGACCCAUAUGAAGCUGAAAUACCAGGUGAUCCAUAUAUGGAUGCUUAUGGGGAUUAUGAGGAUCUAUAUUUUCAGGACUAUCAGGUUAACUACAGUGAAACAGAUGUUGAUCCAUAUCUGCAGUCUUCCUACAAUAUGUAUGAUCCAUAUGGUUAUCCAAUGCAAGAUAUUAUGGAAGGUGAAGAAGCUUAUGGAAUGUACGGUGAGAAGUAUGGAGAUGUCUCAAUGGAAUUUAUGCCCCUUCAUGGAGACAUGGAGUUCAGAGUCCCAAGACCCCAGGUUAAGCUUUUUGGUAAAGAAAGGAUUGAUGUUGAGCUUCCUCCUUUGCCUCCACAGUAUGAUUUUGAAGAAAUGUCAGACAUACAGUAUGAAAAUUAUCCAUAUGUACCGGGUGCCUCAAUGGAUGAUGGUUUUUCUCAACCAGUUUAUCCUCAAGAAAUGUUUCAUCCUACACUGCCUCAAGUGCCCACACCAACAGCCAUGCUAAUUAAGCAAGCAAAUAAUCCCCAGGGAUUUGUCAAUCAACAUAUGUCACCUAUGGCUCAAGCUGGUGGAUUUCCACCAUCUCCCACACCAAGCAGAAGGUCUAUAGCAGGAAUGGCCUCCCCUCUGCAUAAGCCUAUGUCACCCAUGGCUCCCAUGGCACCUAUGGAACCCAUGUCAAGUUUUGGAGAGCCAGUAAUGGAAGUUAGACGCUCCCCCGUACCGUUACGCAGACCGAGCCCCCAUGCCUCCCCACAGCUAUCCAUGCAUCCUGCUGCUCCACUCCCUAUGAGAAGAAGCCCAUCCCCACAGCCCUCUGUGCGUGGCAUUGGAGGCAUGGGAGCACCUCCAUCCCCAAGACUAGCCAGAGGUGUGCCCUCUCCAAUAAGUCAAGCUCAACACCCUCCAUCUCCAAUUGGACGCAGAAUGAGCCCACCUGUUUCUCCAGCACUUUCUAGACGUUUUCAGCCUCAGCCUUCAUUUAGAGAAGGGCCACCUGCUUCACCAACAGUCCCUAGGCGUUUCCAGCCUCAGGUUCCAUUUAGAGAAGGUCCACCUGCUUCACCAACAGUCCCUAGACGCUUACAGCCUCAGGCAUCCUUCAGAGAGGCACCACCAUCUCCCCAGCCAAUGCCUGGCCGUAUGCCCUCACGAGCUCCAUCUCUCUAUACCAGCCCUCCUGCUUCACCUCGUGCAUCUAUUCGGAGGAGGAGCCCACCACAGUCCCCUCGUGCCUCAAUUAGGAGACCCAGUCCACCCUCCUCACCCUCACAAGUUCAUCGUCCAUUUGGUGCCAAGAAAUUUCAAGCCUCCCCAUCUCCACCUAGGCGGAUGAGUCCUCCAUCUUCCCCUCAGAUGGGUAUGAGACCCAUGCCCAAUGUUCAGCAGAGAGAUUUUCAGAGACCACAGUCUCCAUUAAUGGCUCAAAGAGCAUCACCUACUCCCUCUCGAAGAAGUUUUACUAUGGAACCAGACUCCCAGCAACCACCACUGCAACGUAGAUCCCCUUCUCCUACCCUCUCCCGCAGGUCCACUCGCCUUAUGAAGGAUUCUCCACCUUUUGGGUCCCCUGGAAGUCGACUACGAGGAAGGGGCCGUCCAAACAUCCCCAUGGGAGCGGUGAAACCAUAUCCUGGCAGAGGGGGUCAUUCUGGAACUCCAACACAAAAUGUGCGGCCAUUUAGACCAUCCAUACGUAGUAACAGGUCCAUGAUGCCACAGGACUUCACAGCCUCUCCACAACUUUCAGGUCAACACACUGGGAUGGGCAUGAGGGAACAAAGUCGUUUCAAUCUUCCAGGAACACCUGGUCCAAUGAGAAACCCACAGAGACCCAUUGGUCGGGGCCGUCCACUCAUGGCCAGACAGUCAGUCAGGCGUGCACCUGGCAUGAUGCCCCCUUCACCACAACCUUCUCAAAAACGCAUGCCCCCUCCAUCACCUCAGGCUUCCAUUAGACAUCUCUCCAGACCAGCCUCUCCUCAUCCAUCUAUCAAACAUGGCUCCCCAUUACCGAUGCGUCCCCUUUCCCCUAGGGCUCUGCCUACUUCUGUGCUUUCUGGUCCUCCGAUGUAUGAAGCUUCAUUUGCAACUCCUUUGCCUUUUGCCGCAGAGCCAAUCCCUGUAGAAUUUGAUCAGAUUAGUGGUGUCCCUCAGUCACCAAUGUUUACAAAUGCCCUCCAAAACCAAAGUGUCAGUGAUGCUUUACCCAUCCAACAGCCCAUGUCGCCUUAUGCCCCUGAGGUCAUUAAUGUUCCACAGGUCCCUGGUCAACCACCUUCACCAGUUCCCUCCCUUGCCCUGCAAAACCCAAAUCUAAGCCAUGCUACACAUGUCCCCCAACUGCAACCAGUACCCUCACCAUACAGUCCUGAAAUGGUUGUGCUGGAUCAACAUACAGAACAGAUGGCAUCUCCACUUUUGUCAAAUGCCUUGCAAAAUUCUCAGCUCCGAGAAGCUUCUUACAUAUCGCCUAUGCAAAGACCAGGUUCACCUUAUGCUCCUGAAGUGGCUCAGUUUGGUGAGAUCCCUGAACAACCACCUUUUUCAUCUCCGUAUGUUCCUCAAAUGGAAGCAUUUGAACAAGUUCCUAUUCAGCCCGCAUCGCCUUUGAUCUCCAAUGCAAUUCACAAUCCACAGCUUCGCAAUGCUUCUUACAGAUCAUCCCUUCAAAGUCCAUAUUCACCCUAUUCUCAGGUAGAGGCAGGCUAUGAUUACAUUGAAGAGCCAGAUGCUGGCCCCCUUCUCUCCAAUGCUCUUCAAAAUCCAAAUGUACGCAACGCUUCUUACAGAACACAUUUACGCAGGGGAUCUCGUGCUCCCCCUGGCUAUGGUCCUAGGGGAUCUCCAGUUCUUUCGUCAGCUUUGCAGAACCAAAAUAUUCGUAAAGCAUCAUACCGAGCACCUGUUCAGGGAAUGAUCUCCCCUUAUGCAACUGCACCAGGUUAUAGGCAGGAUCCUAGGAAAUCUCCUUAUCUGUCUGAUGCAUUGCACAACCCCCAACUCCGUGGUGCCACGUACCGCUUGCCUGAUGGGUCAUUAGUAUAUGGUAAUCAGGUUGCAAACUCUUCUCCAAUGCUUGCAGAUGCGAUUGGAAAUCCACAGCUCCAGAAUGCUUCAUAUAGACUUUCUGCUGGGUCCAUGAUAGGCAUGGACCCACGGCAACGACAGUCUUUCUCACCAAACCUCUCAAAUGCUCUGCAGAACCAAAACAUAAGAAAUGCUUCUUAUAGACUUUCAGAUGGAACAAUAAUAUACCCAGACUCUCAUUUACAGCAACCUUCUUCUCCAAACCUGUCCAGUGCUUUGCAGAAUCAAAAUCUAAGGAACGCAAGUUAUAGACUUCCAGAUGGAACAUUAAUAUACCCAGACUCUCAUUUACAGCAACCUACUUCUCCAAACCUGUCCAGCGCCUUGCAGAAUCCAAAUAUGAGGAACGCAAGUUAUAGACUUCCAGAUGGAACAUUGAUAUACCCAGACUCUCAUUUACAGCAACCUACUUCUCCAAACCUGUCCAGCGCCUUGCAGAAUCCAAAUAUGAGGAAUGCAACUUACAGACUUCCAGAUGGAACUCUUAUAACAGCAGGACAACAACACCAAACCUCCCCAAACCUGUCACAUGCACUUCGAAAUGAGCACAUUAGGAAGGCAUCAUAUAGACUGCCAGAUGGGACAAUAAUAAUGGCUGAUCAACCAAUGGAUCCCACAUCUCCAAAUCUGGCCAGUGCACUGCAGAACCAAAACAUUCGAAAUGCAUCAUACAGAUUGCCGGACGGCACAUUAAUAACAUCAGACUAUGGGCAGCCCAAAUCUACUUCCCCAAAUUUAUCAGCGGCACUUCAGAACCAGCAAAUGAGAAAUGCCACUUAUCGUUUACCUGAUGGCUCAAUUAUAUCUGGACCAGUUUAUCAACCCAAAUCUCCAAAUUUGGCAAGUGCGCUUCGGAAUCAGGAUAUUCGCAGUGCUACCUACAGGUUACCUGAUGGUUCCAUAAUAAGUGCAGAAGCAAAUUAUAAACCUACAACCCCAACUCUCUCUGCUGCACUGAGAAAUGAGGAUUUGAGAAAUGUCUCCUAUAGGCUUCCCGAUGGAUCUGUUAUUUCACAAGCUCUCUAUAAACCAAGCAGUCCAAAUAUUUCAAAUGCCUUGCAGAAUGAAAAUCUUCGCAAGGCUACAUACCAAUUGCCUGAUGGAUCAAUCCUCACUCAAGGAUUUGUCCCCACUUCGCCACAUUUAAUGGAUGCUCUAAGGAAUCCUGACCUGAAGAAAGCCUCUUACCAGCUACCUUCAGGGAUCUCCUCCUAUUUGACAUCCUCUGGGCAGGUGGUUAUUGGACCAGAUGGCCGUUAUGCUAUAGUUCCACCACAGAGAAAAGGUCCAGGUGGGCCAGAAGAGCACUGGGCUCAGAAUGACAGAGAGGGGGAAACUGCAGAGGACCAUUGGGCUGCAGAAAGAGUCUUGCCUCAUGACACAGUACAGAACCUCAUUAAAUGGUCUAUGUACCGUGAUGAGAAGAUGAUGGAUUUUCUUACCCCACCACCAGUCGGACUUAGGCCAGGGGAAACGGAGCUGCAGUGGGUACCAGAUCGUGAAGGGGAGCCAAAAGGACAGUGGUAUGACAAGAUGUAUUCUAUACGAAGCCUGCCUACUGUCAGCUUCAGGGUGAAAAGGGAAGGGGAUGGAGCUGAGGACAUGACACAAAUGGAAGAGCUUACUGAGGCAGCAGUACUUAUAAACCUGAAGACUCGCUUUGAUCAAGCGCUUAUCUAUACAUACAUUGGCAGUAUUUUGGUGUCUGUGAAUCCAUACCAACUAUUUAACAUCUAUGGCACAGAUGUGGUUCUGCAGUACGAGGGCCAUGGCUUUGGAGAUAACCCACCUCAUCUCUUUGCCAUUGCAAACAUUGCCUACACAACAAUGAUGGACAUCAAGCAAAACCAAUGCAUCAUUAUCAGUGGGGAAAGUGGUUCUGGAAAGACAGAGGCGACCAAACUGGUUCUGAGGUACCUCACUGCUAUUCACCAUAAGAGGAACAUUAUACAACAGGUAUGUAUUCUUGAGGCAACUCCUCUGUUAGAGUCGUUUGGAAAUGCUAAGACGGUCCGAAAUGAUAACUCCAGUCGCUUUGGAAAAUUUGUGGAGGUCUUUUUGGAGGAAGGGGUGAUCAGUGGUGCCAUAACCUCGCAGUAUCUACUGGAGAAGUCCAGGAUCGUUUUUCAGGCCAAAGAUGAGAGAAACUACCACAUCUUUUAUGAGAUGCUGGCUGGACUUCCUACGCACACGAAACGGGCUUUCUACCUACAGGAGGCUGAAACAUACUACUACCUGAACCAGGGUGGUAACUGUGAGAUCGUCGGGAAAGAUGAUGGGGAGGAUUUCAGGAGGCUACAGAGUGCCAUGGACAUUCUCCACUUCAGUCCUGAAGACCAGAGCAGCAUUUUCAGAGUGCUGUCAUCCAUACUGCACCUGGGCAAUGUCUUUUUCCAUAGAGUGGAGACAGAAGUGCAGGAGACAGCUGGUGUGGUGAGCACUCAGGAGAUUCGUGCAGUAGCCGAUCUGUUGCAGAUUUCUCCAGAGGGUCUGCAAAAAGCCAUCACCUUCAAAGUGACGGAGGCAAUGAGAGAGAAGAUAUACUCUCCCCUCUCAGUAGAAAGUGCUGUGGAUGCCAGAGAUGCAGUUGCCAAGAUCCUUUAUUCCUUGCUCUUUCAAUGGCUGACAGAACGUAUCAAUGGACAGGUCUACCCUAGGAAUGAGGCGCUGUCCAUAUCUUUACUGGAUAUAUACGGGUUUGAGAGCUUGACGUUCAACAGCUUUGAGCAGCUCUGUAUCAACUAUGCUAAUGAGAGCCUGCAGUUCUUCUUCAGCAAAAUCAUUUUCAAACAGGAACAGGAAGAGUACAGUCGAGAGCAAAUCAACUGGAAAGAACUGACCUUCACUGACAACCAGGCAUGCAUAGACCUUAUCGCUGCAAAGCCCCAUGGGAUACUCCGCAUCCUUGAUGACCAGAGCUGCUUUCCACAGGCCACUGACAACACCUUCCUUCAGAAGUGCCACUAUCAUCAUGGAAACAACCCCCUUUACUCCAAGCCAAAAAUGCCACUGCCAGAGUUUACUGUCUAUCACUAUGCUGGUCGUGUAACUUACCAGGUCCAUAAAUUCUUGGAUAAGAACUAUGAUCAGGUUCGGCAGGAAGUAUUGGAUCUGUUUAUGCAGAGCCAGAAUCGAAUGGUGUCCAAUCUCUUUAUAAAGCAUGCGGAGAUGCAAAGCAGCACGAACAGGAACAGCUCAGUGACUCGGAGAUAUCAGCCCUCUACUGUGGCCGCCAAGUUCCAGCAAUCACUACAGGAGCUCCUAGACAAGAUGGAGAGGUGCAACCCAUUUUUUGUGCGCUGCAUAAAGCCAAAUAAUAACAAGGAACCUGGUAUAUUUGACCCUGAGUUGGUUGCUACUCAGCUCAGAUAUUCAGGAAUCUUGGACACAAUCCGCAUCAGGAAGGAGGGCUAUCCAAUCAGAGUGCCGUUCCAUAAAUUCUUAAACAGGUACAAAGCCCUACUAGGAAUGAAGAAGCCACCACCUCCAGAUGGAGAUAACUGUGUCAUUAUGUUAAUGAAGCUCUGCCCAGUCAACAAAGGAGACUAUCAAGUCGGUGUGUCAAAGCUCUUUCUAAGGGAGAACGUCUAUCAAUUAUUGGAGAGUAAACGUGAUCGUAUGAUGCAUGUAGCUGCAUUGACCCUUCAGCGUUAUGUGCGGAUGUAUUUUGUCCGGAAGAAAUUCCUCAAAUUUCGUGCGGACAUGACAAAACUUCAGGCUCACUGCAAGGGCUUCUUGGCCAGGCGGCGGUUUCUGCGAAUGCGUAUAUACCUAAUCAAGCACCGUGCAAUGGUCCGACUUAUUGUCAAUCGCAAACGAUACAUAAGGAUCAACCUCCUCUUAGCUAGGAGAGCAGAAGAGGAGAGGAGAAGGAUUGAACUGGAGCGAACAAGCAGGGAGGUGGUAAAUGUGACUCAGCUGGUUAUUCCUGCAGAGUUGGGAGGAUUGUUACAGGCCACAGCAGCUGGUAGGGAGCGUCAUUCAGACUGCUUGGCUCUGGUUCAGGCUCCUAGAAUACAAACGGACCCCCAGCUCACUCUUCCGCUGGACAUCAACAACCAUUUGAUGACCAAAUAUAUACGUACACAUUUCAGGGAAUUGCAGUUCGGGAUGCUAACAGCACCGCUGGAGAACUCACUGACCCGGCUAGAAGAUGAUCUGAAACAGGAUGCUCUUGAUGUGUUUAUACUGAUUUUGCGUUUCAUGGGAGAUCCAAACUUGAAUGGAGCUCAAGAGAACCUGUUUGGAAAUUACAUCAUUCAGAGAGGCCUUGCCACUCCACCAAUCAGAGAUGAGAUCCUAGCGCAGCUAGCCAAUCAGGUGUGGCGGAAUGAAAACACCAGAAAUGCAGAGAGAGGCUGGUUGUUGAUGGCCGCCUGUUUGAGUUCCUUUGCCCCGUCUGAGAAGAUGGAGAAGUACCUGCUAAAAUUUGUGUCAGACUAUGCUCUAAAUGGCUUUAAGGCAUUGUGCCAACACAAACUCAUCCAAGCCAUGCAGAAAUCACACCUAGUCCCUGAAGCAUCUCGAACAUACCCGCCAUCCCUGCUAGAGUGGACUGCCACCCGCAAGAAAGCACACAUGGUGCUCCAGGUGCAUUGUUUUGAUGGUGUGUCUUUCCUGUGUCCUGUCCAUUCCUGGACCAGUGGUGAGGGCCUUGCUGGAGACGUGCUACAACACAGGGGCGUGUCCACUGAGAGUCGAUGGGGUUGGUCGGUUCUGAUGAAGGAGCCGGCGCAGUGGGUGGAGUUAGAGGGUCACGAUUAUGUUCUGGAUCUGGUGUGCGACCUGGAGUUGCUGCCAGACUUCCCCAAACAAAAAACAUAUUUCAUAAUCUCUACCGAAGACCCCAGCAAGGCACGACCUAACGCGAGCAUUAGUCUCUUUGGCAGUGGAUUUGAUGAGGAUGAGGAUGGACCGCUCUCAUAUGCCAACCGAACGAGCGCCGUUGCAACCAACAGUCUACCAAUUUCUGAAGGCCACUACAAUCUGGACUCAGAACCGCCCUAUGAUGGCACUCAGAGAGGGAUGGACCGGUAUUUGGACAGCCUGUUUGACCCAGUUCUGUCUGAUGGAACUGGGGACCUUGAUGCAUCAGUGUUGUCUGGUAGGAUGAAGGGUGGAGGUGGUGUAGGUGGCGAUGAAGCACCGUCUCCUGCUAGGGUCAAUGUCUCAGCUGCUCUUCAGCCUGGAGCAGUGAGAGUUCUACCACCCAUACCAGGUGCUUCAGUCAUGCCCGUUAUGCCAGCGGUGCCACCAGUGCCAGGUAUUUCUAAUUAAAAUGCCUUCAGCUUUACAGGAAUUGAAAUAGAUGACCCGCAGCAGACUGUCAUGGCCCAACAGCAACAAACCAUCAUCAACCAGCAAGCUGUCAUUAUGGCUCAGCAGAUGACCAUGCAGGCGAUGGCUAUGGUGACCAGUCCAGUGUCCAGUCCACCGAUGUCUCCACUCACCAGCCCCCCAACCAGCCCUCCACCCACUCCUUACAACACACUGCCGCCCAGCCCGUACCCCACCAUCCCUCCCAGUCCCUACGCAAACCUCCCACCCAGCCCUUAUGCCCCACUUCCCCUGUCCGUGUAUACAAGCCCCCCUGUGACCCCCCACCCGACCCUCCCCUCCACCUCAAUCAACGCCACCCCCAGAAACUUAGAGGAGCAACAGGAGCCUCUGAAGAAGAAGAGCAGCCCCCCAACACCACAGCCACGGAGCACCACGACCACAAAGGCUGCAUCAUCCAAUGGGACAUUAGGGAAGAAACAAGCCCCCGCUGCACCAAUUAACCUUGACAGCAGGCCUGCCAAAAGACAUGCUCCUGUUGCCAUCACAGGUCCCAUGCGAUCUGCUCCGGCUCCUGGCACAGAGGUGGUGAAAUAUUCGGUCUCUAACUCUGAGCACAUCAUUCCCAGCCACAACAUUAAAGACAUCAUUAAGCAAUAUCAAACGCCGACCCCAGAACCUGUGCCGCAGAUACAGAGGCGAGAAGGUAAAGGUUUUGUGAAGAAGAUGAAUCCACAUGAUGAAGCAAUGCACAUCCUAAAAACACAAAGGGACAAUCCACCUCCUCCGCAGAGAAAGCCUCCCACUCCAGCUGCUGUGUCCAGAGAUGGAGGCCUCAAACCAACUAAAAGCAGCAAGAAGAAAGCACCAGAGCCACCUCUGACUUUACCACCACCAGUGUCCAGAGAUCUUCCAGUGGAAACUGAGAGCAUCCAAACGCAGUUGCACAGGAGCAGCACAGAGGAGCAUUACACCUACACAAAUGUUCCCUGGAAAAUAUACCUCAGGAAGGAGGUCUUCUAUCCUAAAGACACUUGGAAUCAUCCUCUAGUGCUGGACCUCAUAUUCAAACAGAUUGUUAAUGACACGUUUACAGAAGCCUGUGUGCGCAUUACUAAAGAGGAGAGGCAGAAGAUGAAAUCCUUGUUUGCACAAUAUGGCAUCGAGCCGAACACAGAUGUUCAGGAUGAGAGUGUGAAGAAAGCUGUGAUUACAGCUGCCAGGGAUUCAUGGGAGAUUUAUUUUUCUCGCCUUUUUCCUGCCUCUGGCAGUGUGGGUACUGGAGUGCAGGUGCUGGCAGUGUCUCACUCUGGUAUCAAGCUUCUAAAGACAGUAAAAAGCAGCACUGCAGCUCCAGAUUACUUCCGAGUGCUCCGUCCAUACAGCUACACAGACAUCCUGUUUGUGACAAUCCCCUCUCAAAACAUGCUGGAGUUUAAUCUGAUGAAUGAGAAACUGAUUUUGUUCUCGGCCAAAGCACCUCAGAUCAAACAUAUGGUUGAUCUCUUCAUCUCUCAUCUUAAGAAGGAUUCUGAGUAUGUUGUAGCAGAGAGAAACUUCAUCACAGAGGACAGAGCUCUCCUUAGCUUCCAUAAAGGAGAUAUCAUUCGUCUGCAAGCCAUGGAUGGAUUAGAGGAGGGUCAGAGUUAUGGCUGCGUGGUGAAGAAAAAGGUCAUCUACCUCGAGGAGCUGAAGAGAGGCACACCAGAUUUUGGCUGGAGGUAUGGGGCAGUGAAGGGUCGGAGUGGAGCAUUCCCCAUGGAGUGUGUGGUUCCUGUAGCUGCUCCUGAUUUCCUGAGUCUCCCAGCAGAGAGGAGAGACGAGCCGAGAGACAGACAGGGCCGAGUGGCAGCGUCAGGAGCUAUCGCUCUCGCUGUGGCCUCCACUGCAGCUGCACAUGAACUGGACCCAUCACUAGACUCUGAUGGAUUUGGGGAUUUCGGUGACUCUGAAGUUGAGGGGAAUAUUCUUUUGGACAGCCAGUACAACAUAGUGGAGUUUGCUAGGAAAUAUUUCAGAACGUCAGAUGGAAGCAAGAGUGAUUCGUUUAGAGACAAGUCCAAAAAAGGUAAAGGAAACAAAGACCCUGCAGAGAUGGUGAAAUUCAGCAAGAACCCUAUUCUAGAGUCUCUCAUAGACUUUACUGACCCCAACAUGAACCGGGUUGCGUCUGAAAUUUUCUUAGCCAUAAUGAAAUUUAUGGGAGAUCAUCCUCUCAGGGGCCAAUCGGAGCAGUUUGUGGUUUGCACUUUCCUAAAGUUAACGGGUGAAUAUGGACUGAUGAAGGAUGAGGCGUACUGUCAAGUCCUCAAACAGAUUACAGCCAAUACCAGCUCUAAACCUGACAGCUGUCAGAAAGGCUGGCGGUUACUCUACAUUCUGACAGCAUUUUACCGCUGCUCUGAAGUGCUCAAACCAUUCUUACUCAAGUUCCUACGAGACGUCUGCAAAAGUCCAGAAGUGCUUUUUCAUGGAAUUGCUAAAGCUUGUGAGCAGAACCUGAGAAAGACCUUUCAGUUUGGAGGCAGGAGUGUUUACCCCAGCAGUAUGGAGCUCAAAGCCAUAAUGGCUGGUCGAAGCUCAAAGCGGCAGCUGUUUCUAUUCCCUGGAGGAAUUGAGAGACAUUUAAAGAUCAAAACCUGCUCUGUUGCACUGGAUGUUAUAGAGGAGUUGUGUUAUGAGAUGGCCUUGCAAAGGCUGGAGGCAAUGGAUGAGUACACAAUUUUCAUAGUCACCAACAGAGGUCAGAAUGUGCGGCCUCUAAAUAAGAGAGAGUACAUAUUAGACAUUGCAACAGAGGCGGAGCAAAUUGAUCCCAACUACAGCUUCUGGUUCAGACGAGUCAUCUGGGCCCAUCCGCUCAAGUUUGACAAUGAGCUCUGUGUCACCAUGCACUAUAACCAGGUUCUGCCAGACUACCUGAAGGGUCUGUUGAAUGUUGUACCUCAGGGAAAGAUCAGUGAACAGCAGUUUAAUCAGUUUGCCAAACUUGCUGCUCUUCAACACAGAGCCAAAGACAGUCUCUACACGCCUACUAUUCAUGAGCUGAUAGAAUACAUCCCGGUUGAGAUCUUUGGCAGACAGGUGCCUCAGCAGUGGAUGCAACUGGUUGCCCAACAUGUACACGCCGUCCAAAGUCUGAACCCUCACCAGGCCAGAUCCCAGUUCCUGGGUUUGGUGUGUGCAUUUCCCAUGUUUGGAUCGUCCUUCUUCUACAUCCAAAGCAGCAGCAACAGCACCAUCGCUGCACCGUGCCUCCUCGCUGUCAAUCAGAACGGACUGCACUUCCUGCACAAAGACACUCAUGAGGUGCAGGUGAAGUUCCCGCUGAAGCUGAUUCAGUCAGCUCACACACAGCGGCCCAGCGCUGGAUCCAGUUACCCUUAUGUAGACAUCCUGAUAGGGGACUUAACCAACCACAGGGUCACACAGUUACAACUGGAACAGGGUCUGGAGCUGUGUCGGGUUAUCGCCAUGCACAUUGAGAAUAUGCUCUCUGUCCGAGAGAAGAGGCUGACGCUGCCACCCAGUGAAAUCACCAUGCUGUAACAAAACCACAUAUAGAUAAACACAGAACAAAUACUAUGUUUUCUCUAUGUGUAAUCUGUAUAAUCAGGUUAUUUUCCAUUUACUGAUCAUCUCAUAACUAAACCAAACCUCUUAAUGCAAUGUUUGCACUAAUCAUGUGUAUUUGUUCACAUGUUAUGUACAGAAGACAUACAAUGAAUAAAAAGCAUUAUUUUUGUAUUGCAUAAUGCAUAAUAUUUAUACAGAUGGAUUAUUAUUGUGCAAAAAGGUAUUGUAGAUGUGAAAGCAAUGAAAUGUUUUUUUUAUAUUAAAUGUCUACCACAUGCACAUGUAAGUUUGAAUGAAGAGAGAUGUUACUCAGGAGAACAGCAUGAAUGUAAUCUUUUUUUUCACUCACAUUCUCUCACACAGACUGACUGUGAAAUGGUUUUCAGACAUUUUUCACAGUCAAGCUUUGUAUAUUUAGCUGUUAGUUAAAAUGUGAG